AUGGCUUUCACUCCUUUCUUCUUCAUUUGCUUACUGUCACUCUUUCUCACGCCGACAGCAUCCCAAACACCGUCAUCCGUUGUCGAAGCCGACCUGAUCUUCCCCCACAACGAAACCUAUGCUCCUAUGAAAUACUUCCCAUUAUUAUGGGGUCUACAGAACGCCACAACCGCCUACCCGUACGGUUUCACCCUCUACUGGCGCCUCCGCCUAGCCGACUCCGCGAUCUUCGUGUUUGAAGGCGACGGCCGUUUCCCGGAAAACCAGGACUGGGACGACAUGUAUUCGCACGGACCCACGCCCUCAGAUCCCAUCUUCUUCCACGACUUCCCACUUAAACUGCGGAACUUCUCAACGGGCCACUGGGAGCUCGCGUGGCGGUUCGGGUUCGAGUAUAACUGCUCGCUGACGGACCCGGGGAAUCCCGAAAAGCAUUCCGCCAGACAGCCAUGGAACAGCGUCAUCUUUGCAAUUGACGAGGGUGGGAAGAGCGUGGAUUUGCUGGCAGACUGGGAUUGCGAGAUGGAGCCUCGGAGGGCCGUUGCGUUUGAGGUCUCGCCCCCGCAUCGCAUUGAAUCGACCCAGGACUGUCCUGUCGUGAAUCAUACCCGUCCGCAUCCCUGUGCGCUGGACUUUACGGCUGAGGCCGUGGAGAAUGUUACUGCGGCGGCGCGCGCGCUGGGCCGUUGCGAGGAGUUCGAGGGCGGCCUGGCGGACUUUCCGGUUAAUUGUCGGAAUUUCGGGAUGCGCGAGUCCAUCGAGUGGACGGGAAUGUUGGGGGUCUUGGGCCUUGUCUGGGUUUUCGUUGGGCUGUUGUAA